AUGCUGAAAUUACCUGAUUCAUUCUUAAGCAGGGCGUUCGCUGAAGCCCUGAAGAACACAUGCAGUGCAGCAUGCUGGAAUUGCAAUCACUUGUUGAAUACAGCAAAAAGUAGUCUAUUUUGUGAAUCAUGCCACAAGAUUCAGCCUCCAACUUGCGAUAAUUUCUUCCAGUUGUUUGAUCAACCAAAGCAGUACAAAAUAGAUGUUAAAAAGCUUGAUAAGUCCUACUUAUCUCUCCAACGAAAGGUUCAUCCUGAUAGAUUUUACUCAAAAACCGAAAAAGAGAAAGAAUUGAGUAUCAAAGCCUCUGGAUGCAUCAAUGAAGGAUAUCACACCCUUAGAAAUCCUGUUUCUCGUGGCGAAUAUUUGCUCCAUCUUUUCAAUCAAAAGGUCGUCACCGAUGUUCCACAAGAUUUCCUGAUGGAGGUUCUCGAAUUCCAUGAGGAAAUGGACAAUACAAAUGAGCCCGAUGAACUUAUUAAAUUACUUCAAAAAGCUCAAAAGAUGAUGAAAGAUCUCACAGCUUCACUUGCUUCUACACUUGAAAUAAAGGAUGGAAAGCUUGCAAAACCAGGAGAAGCUGCAAUUAUUCUUUCCAAAUUGAAAUAUUUAUCCAGAAUCCGCGACACACUCAAGCAAAAAAUACCUGUUAAUAAAUUGUAA